CUCUCUCUCUCUCACUCUGUCUUCUCCACUUCCUCUGCUCCACACUUAAAAAAACUCAAACCGUCUCAUCAUGGCGGCGUCACAGUCACGGACCUUCUCACUUCUCGCCUUGUUCACUUUCUCCAUCCUCGCCUUCGCUUCAACCGUGAGUAGCCACAACAUCACUCAAAUCCUCGCUGAUUCUCCUGAUUACUCUUCCUUCAACAACUACCUUACUCAAACGAAGCUCGCCGACGAGAUCAACAGCCGCACGACCAUCACAGUCCUCGUCCUCAACAAUGGCGCUAUGUCUUCACUCGCCGGAAAACAUCCACUCUCCGUCAUCAAAAGCGCUCUAAGCCUCCUCGUCCUCCUCGAUUACUACGAUCCUCUCAAACUCCACGGCCUCUCUAAAGGCACAACUCUCUCCACCACACUCUACCAAACCACCGGAAACGCUCCCGGAAACCUAGGAUUCGUCAACAUCACCGAUCUCAAAGGAGGCAAAGUCGGAUUCGGCUCCGCCGCUUCAGGCUCCAAACUCGAUUCAUCUUACACCAAAUCCGUUAAACAGAUCCCUUACAACAUCUCCAUCCUCGAGAUCGAUGCUCCGAUCAUCGCUCCGGGAGUUUUAACCGCUCCUGCUCCUUCCGCCGCCGUGUCUAACAUCACCGGAUUACUCGAGAAAGCCGGAUGCAAAACCUUCGCGGAUUUGCUUGUUUCGAGUGGAGUUCUCAAGACUUACGAAUCCGCCAUUGAUAAAGGCUUGACGGUGUUUGCGCCGUCCGAUGAAGCUUUUAAAGCUGAAGGUGUACCAGAUCUGACGAAGCUCACACAAGCUGAGGUGGUCUCGCUCUUAGAGUAUCACGCCCUCCCUGAGUACAAACCUAAAGGCUCACUCAAAACUAACAAAAACAACAUCACCACAUUGGCCACUAGCGGAGUCGGCAAAUUCGAUCUAACUACCUCAACCUCCGGCGACGAGGUUAUUCUCCACACCGGCGUUGCUCCGUCGAGACUCGCCGACACUGUGCUCGACGCGACUCCCGUUGUGAUAUUCACCGUGGAUAACGUCCUCCUCCCUGCUGAGCUAUUCGGAAAAUCCAAAUCGCUUUCUCCGGCACCGGCGCCUGCACCGGAAACAGCAGAUGCGCCUUCUCCGGCGGAAGGACCUUCACCAACCGCUGCUUCACCACCGGCACCUCCGAUGGACGAUGCACCUGAUAGUGCUCCUUCAGACUCGCCGGCAGGUUCAGCAAAGAGUAAGUCGGCUAACGCGGCGGUUGGCGUGAGCUCACCGUCGUUGUUCACCUUAUUGGUCACAUUCGCCGCCGUAACCGUCUCCGUGUCUCUGAGGUUUUGAAACCCUUUUCGAAUUCUCCGUAAUUAAUUAUUUACGCAAUCUGCCACUCCCUCCUUUUGUUUUUUUUUUUUUAAUUUCUUUCUAUUUUUGUGGUUCUGUGUUGUUGAGUUGGGAUUAGUGAGUGAGUGAGGUUUUUUACUUUUAUUAAUCUUUUUGUUAAUCACAUUUUGCAUUAUUGCUUUCAGUGUUUGAUCUGCUCGAUUAUAUCCUGUUGAGAUCUUUGGCCUCCAAGUUAUACUAUUUAACUUGUUUUCCAUUUUUGGA